ACGAUCUGGCAGCACUGCGUAUGACGUGUGAACCGCUACACGGCGUCUCUCACUCAAAGCCGAGCUGUCAUUUUGAUACACAGAAAAGUUAAAUAUCUAGCUCUCAUAAAUAGUGUUUCUUUAAAAAAUAUAAUUAAGGAAAAAUUGUUAUAUUAUAAAAAGUGUCGAGUUCAAAAAUGCCGUUUAAAAAGAUAGAACGAAACGUUCAUACAGAACGUCGUAUAUGGAAACUUGAAAAUAUAAGUGAAACAUUCGCAAAAGUAGAUCUGUAUAGGAAGAAGAUAUUAGUGGAUCCUGUCUAUGAGACUUAUUUCUUUUCAACAAAAUUUCAAGAUCAUGACAUUGACUGGUACGUCAAGUUGAGGUUUCGUCGUAAAAAAUUGCGAGCUGGAAUCGAAAUAUAUUUCGACGCUGUUGAACAAUUCGAACCUAAGAAUCAUGUCACCUGUAACUUUUACCUGGUCGACGCGGACAAAAAUGAGUUUUUUAUCGGACGAAAAAAUCGAAAAUAUCAUUCGACUUAUUAUUAUUUUCCUCAAACUAAUAGAGACAUUUUUUAUAAUCAGGUACAAUUACCAAACACUGAAGAUAAAUUAUUGCCCAAUGACACUAUGACAUUGUUGAUCGAACUCAAUAUUUACUUGGAUGAAAAUCCUAUAUUUCCUUUAGAAGAAAUAGAAUAUCAAAUUGAACCAGUUGUCAAUUUAGAUAAUAUCUCGAAGUUGUAUCCACUUAAAGAUGGCAGUGACGUUAAGAUUUAUGUGCAAGGUGUUGAAUUUUCAGUUCAUAAAGCUGUUUUAAAAACACGAUGUCCGAAAGCGUAUAAAAUUAUUGCUCGCCAUCAACAAAUGUCUGACAACAAUGAUAUCCAAUUAAUUCUUACGGAUAUCAAGCCAGAAAUAUUUGAAAGAGUUUUAGAAUUUAUUUACACUGGGAAAGUCAAAGACUUGGAUAAUUAUGCAGAAGAUCUGCUAAUAGCUGCAACGAAAUAUAAAUUGCCAGGUCUGAAAUUUAUGUGUGAAUUCUCUCUCACUAAUAAUUAUCUCAUUUAUGAGAAUGCAAAAGAAAUUGGAGAAUUGGCUCUUUGGUGUGGUGCCCAUAUGUUAAGCUUUAACGCACUUAGGUUAAGAACCGAUGCAACUGUGACCCUAAUGGAUUAUUCCGUUACACGUAGUGGUACGUUAAUAUCUACAAGACUCAGUGGUAAAAAAAAGGUGUAUAAAAAUCAUUUUAAAAAAGAUAUACCGAAGGGAAUUAGGAUUGUACCAUAGUAGAUUGUCUUUGCAUCACUAGAUGGCAAUCCAUUUAUUCAUCUCAGCAAGAUUUUUCUAAGAUCAAAGAUCUCGUGUAUUUUGUACAGUUACGUUAUUUACGAAUGGGCAAUGAGAUUUUUUAUUUUAAAAAUAUUAAUAUCAUAAGUAUAUAUAGAUAUAAGUAAAUAUGAAGAAAGACAAAAUUAAAAGCGAGUUCAAUUACUCAUUUUCUUGAGGUGUGCUUGAAUAUUGGUAACAAAUAACAAAAUAUAUAUAUAUUUAAAUAUAAGUAUACAAUUAUAUGAAGAUAUUUUAAGUGAUAAAUUUAAACCGGAGGCCUUUGGACAAAUGUAAAUGUAUAGAGAACAUGGCGUCGGUAAUUUAAUUAUCUUUAGAUAAAAACAAAAUAAUUAAAUCUUGACAUAUAUAUUUUGCACAAUCAAUUAUUUAAAAUAAAUCAUUAAUAGUAAAAAAAAGUAUAUAUAUAAUUUAUUUUUAUUACAUUAUAUAUUUAUUAAUUAAUUUAUAUUAUAGUAAAAGUUUUUGAAUAAAUAUUUUUAAAAUGAAUUUCGA